GGAAUCCGGUUUAGAUCCAUCUUCGUGGACAUGAAAUGAAACAAAGAAAGCCAGAGGGUAUUAGUGUAAUUUUCCACUGUCAUCCUUUUUCUACUGCACCAGAGAGAGAGAGAGGGAGGCAGAGCCUUAACGGCGAAUAUGGAAGGGGUAGGACUUAGAGGUUGCGCUGGGGAGAUUCUCCGUCUCGGAUUUACAGUUCCACGUGGUGUCUCUGGCCGUAAUCCGAUCCUCCGGCGAGCUAUGGUGAUAAAGAUGAGAGACCGGAGCAAGAACAGGAAACCACUCCAGAGAGGUCGGAUGCUCAGCAUCGAAGCGAUUCAAGCCGUUCAAGCCCUGAAGCGAGCCAACACUCCUCCGUCUCCUUCCUCCUCCUCAUCGAUGCUCGAUCGCGUAAUCGAUUCCAAAAUCCGCCGGCUCUUGAAAUUUGAUAUGGUCGCCGUUCUCCGGGAACUGUUACGCCAGAACGAGUGCUCUCUAGCUCUCAAGGUUUUUGAAGAGAUUCGGAAGGAGUAUUGGUACAAGCCUCACGUGAGACUAUACGCAGACAUGAUCGCUGUUAUGGCGGGUAACAGCUUGCUAGAGGAGGUCAACCGUCUUUACGCAGCUAUGAAAUCAGAGAAGGGAUUAACGGCUGAGAUCGAGAGCUUCGACACACUCUUGGUGAUUCUUCUGAAUCACAAGCUGUUUGAACUUGUCAUGGACUGCUACGGCUUUAUGCAAUCGAUAGGGUACGAGCCUGAUAGGUAUUCCUUUAGGAUCCUAGUCCAAGGUCUCGAGUCGAAUGGCGAAAUGGGCUUGUCGGCUAUUGUUAGGCAAGAUGCUCUCGAGUAUUAUGGCGAAUCAUUAGACUUUACUGAAGAAGUUGAAGACAUCUCUAGUCUGUUGAUCCCACAAUGGAGGAGAUAAAUUUAGCUUGAAAUUUUGAUGAUACUGUAACUGUGUUACUAAUCUCUAUAAAGUACUGUAGUCCCUUUUUUUAUAUCUGAUUUGUGUAGCCGCAAGGCCGUUUGGUAUUUGAUCAGAUGAUGCAUUGAUUCUUGUA